CUUGCUUCCAUUGCGCACCACUUCAGGAGCCAGAGUCGACGGUCAUCUAACCUGCUGGUGCGCACACAGUUCAUUCACGCGCUAUAAGAAAUGAUUUGGAGUCUCUUGGUCCUUUGUGGGAUGUGCGUCCUCCCCACUUUUCUUCUGGGUGCUGCAAGCAGCAGCCGUUUGGGCAAAAGUGUGGCUUUCCAUCGGACUUGGUGGAGCAGGGGCCGGGGGCGCACGCGCCCCAGCAGAGACACGAGCGGAGCCUCCGGCCCCUCCAGCCUUCCUCACGGUCCUGCCUUCAGCUCCUGUCGGAUUCCGCUCACUCCAGCCGAGCACAGGGUGCUGGAUGACAAUACUCACGAGACAGGCUUCAAUGGUGAUGAUGGCUCCUAUGUGAUUCUCACAUGGGUGGGCGAUGGUACAGGAGUGAUCCUGGUACUGUCAACAAUCAGUGUUCCUCUUGACUCUUUUCUGGAAGGGUCCUCACGACUGUAUCGAAGCACGGAUUAUGGCAAGUCUUUCCAUGACAUCUCCCACCGCAUUAACCACACCUUCAUCAAGGAGGAGUUUGGAGUCAGCGUUGGACCCGGGAGCUCAGUGAUACUGACUGCAGACACACCUGUACUCGACAAUCCAGGCGGGAUCAUCUUCACCUCCACAGAUGCUGGUGCAACCUUCAAGUUCACCCAGUUGCCCUUUCACCUGGUUCAGCCAAUCACGUACCACUUCCUCAACCCUGACUACCUUGUGGCCCUCAGCAUUGAUGGCGGUCUUUGGCUGUCUCUGGACUUUGGUGCUAAGUGGACAAAAGUGCAUGAUGGAGUGCAUUCCUUCUCAUGGGGGGCAGGCAUCAACUUGUUCUUCAGUUGCAGCCCAGUAGACACGGUUGACGCAGAUGACAGUAGAGACUUACUGCUGAAGAGGACCAAAGAUCUGGGUAAAACCUUCACUACCAUUCAUGAGGACAUUUACAGUUUUGGAUACAUCGGGGCUUUUCUCUUCUUCUCAGUGAUGGAGGACUCGAGGUCUCCUCGUGUCAUGUAUUUCUCAUCGGACCAAGGAGAUACUUUCAGUAGAGCUGUACUUCCAUCCGCAUCCACCGAACAGUUUUACUCCAUCCUGGACGGAGACGAGGAUAUGCUUUUCAUGCAUGUGGACAACCCGGGAGAUACCUUCUUUGGGACCAUGUACACUUCUGAUGACCGUGGAAUCUUGUUCUCCAAGUCGUUAGAGCGCCACCUGUUUGACGGGCAGAGGAAGAGUGACUUCACCAACAUUACGUCGCUGAGAGGAGUUUACCUCACUAAUAAACUAGAUGUGGAUGGUCGUAUAAGAUCUGUUAUAUCCUUCAACAGAGGAGGGACGUGGAGACAACUGGAAAAGCCUGAGAAUGUGGAUUGUGGGGACCAUGUGAAAAGUUGCAAACUUCAUAUUCAUGGAGAACACAGUCGCAGGAACCAAAUAGUGCCCAUGCUGGCUCUGUCGGAGCCCACUGCCAUUGGGCUCGUUAUUGCUCACGGCACUGUGGGCGAUUCUCUGUCAUCGUCGCAGCACCCAGAUGUGUUUGUUUCCUCAGAUGGGGGGUAUAACUGGAGGGGCACUCUAAGGGGCACUCACCACUACAGCAUUUUGAACUCUGGGGGUCUCAUUGUAGCUGUGGAGUCUCAUCAUGAAGGCCAAGUCAAGACUAUCAAAUUUUCCACGGAUGAAGGCCAGUGCUGGAAGUCGUAUAACUUCACUGAGCAGCCUUUCUUCUUCGCAGGCCUGGCAUCAGAGCCAGGCACCAAGGCCAUGAAUGUCAGUGUGUGGGGCUUUCGUCCCGAAGAGGACGGCCAGCCCAUGUGGGUGGCAGUCACCAUUGACUUCCAGAGCCUCAUAACCAAAGAAUGUAAAAGCCAGGACUAUGAGGAGUGGUUGGCUCAUUCCACAGAGGGAAACGACUCAGAGAGAAAUGGCUGUGUCCUGGGCAUAAAGGAGACAUAUAGGAGGCUAAAGAAGGAGUCCGUGUGCAGAAAUGGGCGAAACUUUGUGGUGAGGAAGAAGCAAAGCCCCUGUUUGUGCACCAGAGAAGACUUCCUAUGUGACUAUGGUUACUAUCGUGACUUGAACACCUCAGAGUGUGUGAGGCAACCAAGUGCUGCCAAUAAAACCUUAGAGAUGUGUCUGAACGGAGAGGAGGAUGAACUUCUGACAACAGGGUACCGAAAGGUCCCAAGUGACAAGUGCCAGGGGGGAUUCACUCCUCACCUGGCAGAGCAAACAGUCGUCCGACCGUGUGGUGUCAAACCCAGCCCCGGCCCUCCCGCCAAGUCCACAUCGCUGGUCACACACUUUGACACACCGAGAGAAAGGCUGGUGUUGAUCCUGGUCUGUGUUGGAGCAGCAGUCAUUGUGGCGGUAGCCAUCGUCUCUGCAGUCUUCGCUGUCCGGAGAGUGCUUUAUAGGACUGGGGCACCUACAUAUCGUUUCUCAAACCUACGCAUGCAGGAUGAUAACAACGGCGCGACAGCCGAUCUUGAAAGUGCCACCAGCAGCAAUGGGGUGGCUUGCCAACAGGACUCAGAUGAUGAUCUUAUUGAAUGACAUAUGACUAAUGUGCAUGGAUUAAUUAUUCACACCAGCUCUUCCGAAAAAAGACCGCAAGCUGUAAUUUUUCAACAACAAUUUCUCAACAUCGACAAUAUGAAAAAAAUAAAUGCUAAUUUAUUGAGCUAACUUUUGUUUUGCUUCACUUGGCUUUCUUUUUGAUUUGUACAGUAUUUCCUGUUUUAUAUAUAUUGAGUGUUUUGCACC